ACCAAAAAGCGGAGUGACCUUCCUCCGCUCUCAGUCUGAAGAGGGGCAGCACUGAAGCAAUAAGCCGGUUACACCUCCAACAUUCCCCUACUUUAGCAUCAGAAAUGAACAACAACUUAGCCGGAGAUGAAGUCGGGAAACUUUUUGUGGGUGGCUUGGACUGGAGUACUACACAAGAAACACUGAGAAACUACUUCUCACAGUAUGGGGAAGUAGUUGAUUGUGUCAUCAUGAAGGACAAAACAACAAAUCAGUCACGGGGCUUUGGCUUUGUCAAGUUCAAAGAUCCCAACUGUGUACGGACAGUGCUGGAGACCAAGCCGCAUAAUCUUGAUGGCAGAAAUAUUGACCCCAAGCCAUGUACUCCUAGAGGAAUGCAGCCUGAAAAGUCUCGAACCAAGGAGGGCUGGAAGGGCAGCAAAGCCGAUAGCAAUAAAUCAAAGAAGAUAUUUGUAGGCGGAAUCCCCCAUAACUGCGGCGAGCCUGAACUCAGGGACUAUUUCAAUAGAUUUGGAGUGGUCACAGAGGUGGUAAUGAUCUAUGAUGCGGAGAAGCAGAGGCCCCGAGGUUUUGGAUUUAUUACUUUCGAGGCCGAACAAUCAGUGGACCAGGCUGUCAACAUGCAUUUUCACGACAUCAUGGGCAAAAAAGUGGAAGUGAAGAAGGCUGAACCUCGUGAUAGCAAAGCUCCCAGCCAGCUUGGCCCUGGCCAGUGGGCACCCAGGGGCAUCUUGAGUGCGGCUAAUGGUUGGACAGCGCAGCCUGCCCAGGGCUGGCAACAGACUUACGGGCCACAGGGAGUGUGGGUGUCGACUACUGGCCAACCCAUAGCAGGUGGAUAUGGACCUCCGUUGUCUGCAGGCAGGGGAACUCCCACCCAGCCUCCUUCUCCGUUCAACGCAUUCCUGGUCACGACCCCGGCGGGCGGCUUUGCUGCACCUCAGGGCUACCCUCAGCAGGGCUACAGCACAACACCUCAGUUUGGUUACAGUUUCGGCACACCACAAGCAGAUCAGUAUGCUCCCCAGGGAGUUCCUCCUCCACCCACCACUCCAGGAACUGCAACGCUGGGCUUUGCCCCUGCCACCACACCAACUCAGGACUUGAGCAAAGCUCCCACUGGGCAGCCUGACUUCCCUUACAGCCAGUAUGGCUUGGGUAACUACCCUCAGGACCCCUCUGCCUACGGACCAACGCGUCCUUCUCACAGUUAUGGUCAGGAUGAGCAGGGAGGAUAUAGUGCAGCUAAAGGGGUGAGAAUCAAAGGAAGAUGUAAUGGACACGUUGAUGCCAGAAAAUUUCCAAUUUCUCUCAAGUUCCUCUGUGAUGCGGUCCUGUUGGGACUGCUCCCUGUUCUCCUGAAUUCUUCUUUUGUUCCAUUCAUGGAGCAGAAAUGUAUUUCUCUUUUUUCUUCCUUUUAUUUCUUUCUCUGUUGUCUUUUCAUUCAGUUAUUUACAGUUAUUUUCUAUACUCCAGUAUUUAUUCCCAAAGUUUGAAAUCAUAAAACUUGUGUUAACUGGAUGUUACCAGGGUGGGAAAGUAACCAGGCACCUUCCAAAUACUGUUUUGGUUGCUGCUGUUAACUUUAUGUCCUGCUAGCCAGUUUGGCAGUUAACCAACCAGUGGCUGUUCAGACUCUAAAAGUCCAUUUGCAUGGUAAAGGGUGCUGAAUUUUUACCAGCAGAUAAGAAACUUAGUUUCCUUCCCUGGGUGCCACUCUGGUUCCAUUGCCUAUUUGUGGGGAGAUGGUGCCAUCCAGUGUCUAAAUGGAAGAACAUUUAUGUGCUUGUGCACUGAUCAUUCAACAGAAUUUAUUCAAGACAUUGUUUUCCUCAAUGAAGCCCCUGACUUGUGCUUUUUGAAAUCAGUUGGAAUUGUCACUUUUGUCCUCACAUUGACUCAUUAAAGUAGUCAUUGAUUUGCUGAAAAUACACACAAUUAGGUUUAUUCCAAAUUUUUUAUUGUAUAUUUGUUAUUUUUCCAACUCAACGGGGCUUAUGCAAGGAAUACAAUAUUUCAGUCUGGAGGAAAAAUCCCCCUUUAACUGUUACACACUGUUAAAGACCAGCUGUUGGCAAUACACUUUGAAUUCCUGCAUCCAUUUUGGGUGCUCGGUGUGUUUUUCAGUCCUUUUUAUGACUGGUUAAAUGUAGAGCAUGUGGCAUCGCAUUGUGAUAUUUAUUUCCUUACGGUUACAUUGUAAACCAAAACGCAUUUACCUAUGAUGGAGAGAAGCAAGUUCAUGCCCUUAUUUCUGGAGUUUUGAUGAAAAGCAUUCUGGGGAUGGUACUUGGAACUGAAGUAGAUGAGGCAGGAUACUCUAAAGUGAAUCACAAUGCUUCAUCAUAAAAUAACUAGGCCUAACUUAAACCCUAGCCCCUUAUGAAUCUGAAAUCGAUAUCAAACAGCCUAAGAAUAUCUGAGGGUGGAUUUUUCCUUGUAAGCAUUGUGAUAAUGUAACCUAGUCCAUCUUUAAAGGAGUAGGGAUAUUCCCUGAGUGCUGAGUGAUGACACUGAUGAUGCAAGCCUUUCCUCUGUCCUGUGUUGUCCCCGCACCCCCGUCCC